UAAUGUCCAAUUAAACAAGAACUUGGGUUGAUGAAGUUGAAGAUGCUGUGUCAGGAGUGGCAGGCUCCAUUAAGGCAAAUGUAAAACAACCAAUAUGUGAUGUGAUAAACCAAAUUCCAUUUAAUGAUUGGAAAAAGAAUUAUUAUGAACCAUUAAGCAAUCAAUAUGAUAAAUGGCCUGAAAGAUUUACUUAAUUCAAAUAAAAUAAUAUAUUAAAUUUAGGAAAUGAAAAUUAAAGACUUAUUUUUCUUGGAUUAAGUACAUUGGCUAUAGUAUCCAUUACAAAAAGAUGUAAAAUAAGUAUGUAAAACUUAUUUAGUUUCAUCCGGAUUAUUGCCCAUAGUGAGAAAUUCUGUUGUGACUUAUUUUGGUUUGGGAUUAGUAGUGGCCCCAGAAAUCUAUAAUCCAUUGUUGGUCAAGAAGAAUCAAAAUAAAUGAA